GUCCAGGAACAUCUCUCGUAGCUAAACUAUCUAACCUAGGUCCUGAGGUAAUUAUACGUAAUGAUAUUACACGUCUAGAUUGGAUAUUAUUACCUAAUAACCAUAUGAUGCGUUCACCUAGGUAGAUACAUCCAAGUUCCCUGAAGCCAUGCUCGGUCUUAUUAUUUGGAGGCUAUAUGGGUAUUAUCCCCACAUCCAAGCUUUGUCUUCAUCAACGAAUGACCUUUAAUGUCCCAGUUAACAUGACGAGCGACUAUAAGAUGACAUAACGGUGCCUAUUUGCCCAGCCUGCCAGCCGCUACUCCAACCGGGGUAUAAGCAGCCAAGGCAGGCUGCCCUUGCUCUCCCCACAAACAGAAGAUAGCUUUCAAAGUUUUCCAGGGCUUCCAAGUUAGAUAGUGUUUAGUGUACCCCAACAGCCAUGCAGUCUGGCUGACGGUCGAGGUACUGCAAGAAUGUCUAUAAAUAUACCUACGAGGCUCUCCCCAAGUUGUCGUGUCGUCACGCCGAGUGCUUUCGUUCUUACUCCCACAUUGUUCGACUUGUGAUCCUAUAAAGUAUGGCAGGCCUACGGCGCGUAACGGCGGCAUUAGCUUUCAUCUCGUCUCCUAUCGUCUAUGGUCUCUACCAGAAUGGCUCGUCCUUUUCGCCUUGCGAUUCCCCUCUCUAUUGUCAAGGCGACGUCUUAAAGCAGAUCGAAUUGGCUCGGCCUUUCUCCGAUUCCAAGACAUUCGUAGACCUGCCGACAAAAGUGCCCUUGGACAAAGUUCUUGCCGCCUUCGACAAGCUCGCUAAGCCUCUCAGUAAUAAUACAGAGCUUAACGAUUUCUUAUCGACUUACUUUGGUCAGGCCGGGACCGAGCUAGCUCAGGUUCCUAGAGACCAGCUCGAGACUAAUCCUGUAUUCCUGGAUGACAUUGAUGAUUCUGUGGUCAAGCAAUUUGUACAAAAGGUCAUCGAUAUAUGGCCCGAUUUAACCAGGACUUAUGUGGGUGCCAGCAACUGCACGGGAUGUGUCGAUAGUUUCAUUCCGGUCAAUCGCACUUUCGUCGUCGCCGGUGGGCGGUUCAGAGAGCCCUACUACUGGGAUUCGUUCUGGAUUAUAGAAGGUUUGCUAAGAACCGGUGGCAGUUUCACUCAGAUCUCCAGGAAUAUCAUUGAAAAUUUUCUUGAUUUCGUUGAGCAAUUCGGAUUUGUUCCCAAUGGUGCACGCUUAUACUAUCUAAACCGCUCCCAGCCACCCCUCCUAACACAGAUGGUUAAGACUUAUAUUGACUAUACCAACGACACGAGUCUCCUCGAACGCGCGUUGCCUCUACUCAUCAAAGAGCAUAACUUUUGGAUAGAGAACCGCACAUUAGCAAUCACGUCGGGUGAUAAAACCUUCCAUCUUGCGCACUAUGAGGUCCAAAACACUGAGCCGCGACCAGAGUCAUAUCGCGAGGACUACAUUACGGCCAACAACAGGUCAUAUUACGCAGAAUCCGGUAUCAUUUAUCCCGAAUCGCAUCCUCUAAAUGAGAGCGAGAAAGCCGAGCUCUACUCUAACCUUGCCUCGGGCGCUGAAACAGGAUGGGAUUAUACCUCGCGAUGGAUUGCUAACCCAUCAGAUGCCGCCAAGGACGUUUAUUUCCCGCUACGCUCUCUCAAUACAAACAAUAUAGUCCCUGUAGACCUGAACUCGAUACUAUUUGCCAAUGAGAUGGUCAUUUCAGGCUAUCUAGGCAAGAGUGGCGACAGCCCGCUGGCUACGGAAUUCGAGCAGCUAGCUAAGAAUCGCUCAGAAGCCAUGUAUGCGCUGAUGUGGAACGAUAAGUACAUGAGCUAUUUCGAUUACAACCUAACCUCAGGAGCGCAAGACCUCUACGUACCAUCGAACGCGGACACCACCCCGGCGGAGAAAGCAGAUGCCCCCGAAGGCUACCAGGUAUUCUUCCAUGUCGCUCAAUUCUACCCCUUCUGGCUAGGCGCAGCUCCUCCACAACUCCGGGACAAUCCCCUAGCCGUGAAGCUCGCGUUCCAGCGCGUUUCCGACCGAGUCUCUGAGAAGGCCGGUGGCGUUGCUGCCACAAACUAUGUCACCGGCCAGCAGUGGGAUCAACCGAAUGUCUGGCCACCACUGAUGCAUGUGCUCAUAGAGGGCCUACUCAAAACCCCGGCAACUUUCGGAAAGGAGGAUCCUGCGUACCUUGAAACUCAGGACCUUUCUCUUAAGUUGGCGCAGCGCUACUUGGAUAGCACGUUUUGCACGUGGCGUGCGACAGGCGGCUCUACGGAUGAGACGCCGAAACUAGAGGGACUUGGUCCGGACGACGAGGGAAUUAUGUUUGAGAAAUACGCUGACGAUUCGACCAAUGUUGCCGGCGGAGGAGGCGAGUACGAAGUCGUCGAGGGAUUUGGAUGGACGAACGGUGUGCUGAUCUGGGCGGUCGACACGUUUGGCAACAAGCUGAAGCGGCCCGAUUGUGGUAACUUGACGGCAGCGAAUAUCGACCGGAAGUUAAGAAAACGGGGUUCUUCCGGUCAGCGAGCGGUUGAGUUGUCCCCUUAUGACGCUCGGUGGGUAGCAAAUCUCCGCCAAGGACGAUAAAGGGGGUAAGGUGUGUUACAUCAUCUAGCAUGUUAGAAUAUGAGUCUAUAAACAUACGGGUGCUGUAACGUAGCAUUAUAACCUACCUACAC